CCGCGGGAGGGCGGCGGAGGCGGCGGCGGCGGCGCGGGAGGUGGAGGCGCCGUGGCCACACCCAUCGGCGAGCGGAUCCGCGGGCAGCGCGUCGUCGGCCGCCGCGCUCCAGCCUCCGCCCGCACCGAGCCGCGGGACCCGGCCGCACCGGGGAGGGGCCGCUCCGGGCCGCAGCGCGAGGGCAGCGAAGGCGGCGGGGACCCGGCACCGGGCGCGGCCGGCAGCAGCGACCAUGAUCGCUUUGUUCAACAAGCUGCUGGACUGGUUCAAGGCCCUGUUCUGGAAGGAGGAGAUGGAGCUCACGCUCGUGGGGCUGCAGUACUCGGGCAAGACCACCUUCGUCAACGUGAUCGCGUCAGGACAGUUCAAUGAGGACAUGAUCCCCACUGUGGGCUUCAACAUGCGCAAAAUCACCAAAGGGAACGUGACCAUCAAGCUCUGGGACAUUGGGGGGCAGCCCCGUUUCCGAAGCAUGUGGGAGCGCUACUGCAGAGGAGUGAGCGCCAUUGUGUAUAUGGUGGAUGCUGCGGACCAGGAGAAGAUCGAGGCCUCCAAGAAUGAGCUCCACAACCUAAUGGCCUUCUACAGGAAAGCACCUAACAGGAAGGAGGGGGUCGGGCAAUGCAACUGCAGUACCUCUGAGAACGGAAGACGGAAGUGA